AUGGACGAAGUCGCCCUCCCGUCAAAUCCAACAGCCCCCAGGCCAUGCAUCACCACAGACGACAUGGUGGCCAGGUGGCAGCACGCACCGGGCUUUCAAUGUUUCUGGGCGUGGGUCAGGAGGAGGUGCGACAGGAUCAAGGGCAAGGAGAUCGUCAGGGGAGAUUAUAGUGAAAGCAGCCAAGGUAUACGGUGCUGGAUGGACUUGCUCGAGAAUAUGACAAAAUGGGUCGAAGAGGCGCCUCCGGAGCCCCAGUCAAAUCAAAGGUUUGGCAACCUCGCCUUUAGGCGGUACAGCAAGCUCUUGCAAGAGCGAAUCCCUCCCCUGCUGGCCUCCUGGUCACUACCACCGCAUCUCAAAUCCCAGCUUCAACCCCUCCUUCUCAAUUCCCACGCCUUUGGCCACCCCACACGUCUCGACUAUGGCACAGGACACGAGCUUUCAUUUGUACUUGGUCUCUGGUGCUGUGUUGUCCCUGGUUGGAUCGGAGGCGAAGGCGAGAAAGAAGAUGAAGAGGACGAGCUUGUGCUGCGGGUAUUUACGCGGUAUUUGGAGCUGACGACACUGCUGCAAAAGACGUACAAGCUGGAACCUGCUGGCUCGCAUGGCGUUUGGGGACUAGACGAUUACUGUUUCUUGCCAUAUUUGUUUGGUUCCGCUCAGCUACUGGGCUCAUCAACGACCCCUUCAGAAUCCCUCUCUCUCGCUCAGUCCCACCAUCCCUCCACCCCAUCAUCUCCUCCCACUCCCAUAACAGAUCUCUUCACCCUCUCCCUCCACCACCUCACCCUCUUCAAAUCCGGAGCCGCCUUCUCCGAACACUCCCCCCUCCUCUUCUCAUUGUGUCAAAUGCCAAACUGGAUAAAGCCGCAUGGAGGGCUGAGAAAGAUGUUUUUGGGCGAGGUGGUGGGGAAGAGGGUUGUUGUGCAGGGGGUUUGGGUUGGGGGGUGGGCGUGGGGCGAAGGGGUGCCGGAGGUUGUUGGAGUGGGAGAUAGCAGUGUCAAGAAGCAAGGAGGUGAUGCGGGGACAAAAGCACCAUGGGCGAGAUGA